AUGGAGACGGUUGAGAGUUUGAUCCCCCCUCGCGACACAGGGGACAGUGAUCAGGAAUGGGAAAAGCCGGACGACGAAGUUGCUUUGGCUCGUGCUACCUUGGCCCACAAUGUCCAUGCCCACGAGGAUGAGUCGGCCAAUUCGGCAUUGGCUUCCUUCACGACUUUGGAGGUGGAUGACACCAGCAUGGACUUGCGACUCCAGGAAAUGGAAGCUGCCAUGAAAAGGCUGUUGGCCAAGGGCAGCGAGAUGGUGGCGGUCAAGGAGGACACCACCAUGGACACCACGGGAUCGGAGGUGCCCACCACAGGUGACUUUGUCCCUGAGGGUGCUGCUACUGAUGACCCCAUGGACAAGCCGGCGGUGCCAACCACAGGUGACUUUGUCCCUGAGGGUGCUGCGGCGGAUGACCCCAUGGAUAGGCCCGAGGUGCCAACCACAGGUGACUUUGUCCCUGAGGGCGGCGACACGGUGGCCAAGGACGAUGCCAACAAGCCCCGGCCCUACUCGGCCCUGCCCGCCGGCACCCUGGAGGAGAAGGUCUUCAAAAUCGAGGGCUUCCCGGACAACUUCCCCGGCAUCGGCAAGAAGAGUGCAGACUGGGCCCAGCAAUUGACAAAGGAGGAGAUCGCCUCCUUGUUCUCCGAGCUCAAGGCGGAGCAGUGGAGCCGCCCGGCUGUGGAACGAGUCCUUGAGGUGUACCAAAUCUACAAACGACAGCUGGCACAGGAGAAGAUGCUGGCCGCCCCCUACAACCGUGCUCGCAGAGGAGUGGGGCACAGCAGCAUGGGCCAACUUGACCCGGGCAGCACGGGGGCUACCCUCAUGUGCCCGAACUGCUUCUCCGACUGGCAGAGGCAGGACAACAAGGUGGAGGGGAAGUGUAAGCUCUGCCAGAAGUUGGUCAUCGCCGUGGACAAGGGCCCGCCUUCGGCAGAGAUCAAGCUAGGCCAGUCCUCCUGGCGAAUGUUCUGUGGCCCCCAGGGUGUCACGUGGCACACGGAUGCCGACGAGGCCCAGAAGGAAGCCGCCUCCGUGGACAUUGGCUCUUGGGCCCAGCCGCCACCCAGGCCCACGGAUCAGAAGGAGCUGAGCUUCGCCGACCAGGAGGCAGGGGACAGACCCCACCUCCGGGGUGAUUGGCAACCAAGCCAGGAGACGAGGGCUUUCCAUCCCCAGCUGGCGGCGGCGAUGGACAUCAUCAAGAAGAGCUCGGGCCCGGUGGACAAGCAGCCCAAGAAGCCCACGGAAGAGGAGUUCUUGGAUCACAUCAAUCCCCAGCUGGAUGUGAUCGUGGAGAUGCAGGCUGGCGCACAGAGUGUCGAGGAGGCAAAGGGUGCGUCAAUCCUCCGGCAGCUGGAUACAGAGAAGCUUCGUUCCCUCCUUAAGCGAAAUUACCUGCAGGGCCCUGGGAAUCAGGGUGACGAGUUUUUCGCUGCGCAGACUAGCCUGGAAGAGGCCAAGGCCUCGAACAAGCGCAUGCAGGAUGAGGGAUCCCAGCGCUCCCAGCUCCUUCGGCCGGUGGCGGACUCCAUUGAUGCCUGGGGCACCCAGCUGCGCGCGGCCCUGGAGAUGAACGUGUUCAACCCGGAGUGCCCGCUCAAGGAUAUGGAGCUUGACGACAUCGAGGCCCUUAAGGAAAGGUACUUGAACACGAAGUUCCUGCUGAACCAGAGCAGGAAUCCGUUCCCUGCCUCUCUUCUGCAAGAGCUUCCCACUUUGGCCGCUCUGCAGCGUGAGGGCGAGCGCGUCGCCCGGGACUCCGGCGAGGGGCUGUCUUCCACAGGUGCCUUUGGCCCUGAGGAGCAGUCCCCGGAGGCAGUUCUGGGAGUUCCGGUGGGCUCGGUCGAGUUCCAGAUGCUUCGCCUCAAACGCAUCAUCGAGCUGCACAUGGGGGAGCAGCGCAUGAUCGGGGGCAGAUGGAAGCAGCACCCGGGGCAGCCCUUCUUCGAGCCGAUUGCCCUCACCAUGGAGGAGAUUGAGGCACAGGUUUCAAUGGGCACGAGGCCCCCCCUGGAUAAGAUCAUCCGCCCGUUCCAUGCUGAGGGGGACGGGAACACCCACUGGAGAAAGGAGGUGCAGACGUGGGACUUGGUUAGCCUCUUCUCCUGCUUCGGCCACACCUACUCGGCCAGGCACCUCUACGCGGUGUGGAGCCACCUGCCGAUCACCGUCAGGUCCCACAAGAGAGGGGCCAAGAACAAGCAGCAGAACCUGCAGCGACGAGAGGACCACCGGGAUUUGAUGAAGGAGGCCAAAGAGUUUGUGAUUCUGCACGACCUCCCGGUGCCCACGACAAACCAGGAGUGGAAGCAGCUCUCCCUGAUCACCCUUCCUUUGAAGGCCUUCCGCCACUUCCCGGAGAUCUACAACAUGCUCUCCAACUCGCUGGGUCAAGAGUCGGUGGUGGAGGUCAAGAUGGCGUGGCGCUGCAACACCGUGCAGUGGUGGACAGCCCGCCUCAAGCCAGAGUACGCCGGCCCCAUCUACCGCAAGCUUGGCUACUCGGAGAGCCACAUCAAAGGCCUCGGCUUGGGGGACAGGGACUCCUCAGCUGCCUUUGGCGCUGAAAGGAUCCCCCUGGACCCGGCGUCGGAGCAGGAGCGCGCUCUCCCGCCCAUCACCCCGGACAAUGUCACGAGCGUGGCCUCGGACGACUACAAGAAGAAGAACGCGGGGGAUAAGACGGCCCACGUCUUCUGGGCCAAGAUGGAGUGUGGCCUGGUCCUCAGCUCCGUUUCCCCGUGGGAAAUCGUUGACAAGAAGAAGGGUGAGACUCGUGGGGGCUACGUUUGCCGCCACUGCAAAGGGUUCUGGCGAAGUGGCAGAGGGGCCAGCCGUUUCCUUCUCAUCACGGGGGAACACAAAGGGAAGUCGGCCCAGCUCCAGCUCAUCCUGGACGAGCCCCCCCAGCACCUCUACGAGUCCUGGGUCAAGGACCGGAUCGAGUUCUACAAGAGGGUUGAGCCCACGGCGGCCCCCCGUGAUCGCUCCCUCCGGGUCAACCCGAGCCUUAGCUCCAGGCUCCGGUUCAGCAAGACGAACCUCAUGGGCCAGGUUUCCGACAUGAUCUGGUCGGUGGUGCUCUCCAACCCGGAGCGGGAUGGCCUCAAGAAGAUCCACGAGCUUGCGGCAUCCCGGGUCCGCCCGGCCUGA